AAAAAACAAAAAAGAGAAGGACAAACAAACUCCUCGUCGAACUGUCCGGAUCGCAGCUAUCCUGCACUGCUCGAUUGACCGCUUAAUUACUCCGUACAUACCGAGUCUCUCUCCCCGUGCCCUCAGUCUAGUAUCUUAUUUCUUGUCCGCCAUGCCACCCCACCCUUCCCGCCCCUCCUCCGCCGCUUUCGCCCACUCUAGGGCCCAAGCAGCCGCCGCAUCCACAACGCCCGCAUCGACAUCGACCUCUGCCUCCAUCAUCUCCGCCUCGAGCAUGUCUGCGUCUAAGGCCCGGCAAUAUGCGCACCUCCACGCGCAGCUCGCCCAGCUCAAUGCCCACCUGGCCGAUACGGACAACCUGGUGAGGAUGACGAGUGCGCAGGCUGGAGAUAUGAGGUUCCUGGGCGGAUACGUGGGCGGGCUGUUUAUGGGAGCAGCGAAGGUGUUGGGGGAAGAAGGGAUUGAUAAGACAGGUGGGAAUGCGAAGGAAUGAUUGGCUUGUGAUGGGAUUUGGACGCGGAAGGGGUUUUCUCUUGGAGGUCUUUUUUUUUUUUUUUUUUUGGUUCGCGGGUUCUGGUACUGAAUGAUACCCGGCUCGGAGGAACAGCGUGCAGGCCCGGCAAAAGCUGUUGUCCGGUCAUAAGGGGCUUUUCGCGGAGUCGGGUAUUUUCUUGUCGUGUAACCCGCUCUCGAGGUGACAGCGGCCGACAGUCGUUAUCCCGCCCCCGGGACCCUAGUUCGGACCGACGUCGGACUUGGAAAUAUCAACCGAGACGGUAUCAUGCCUAUGCUCUGCGGAACGGUGUGGAUGGCCCGGUGUUGGGCCCGGGUCGGGCGCAUGGCAUGGCUGAAAGGGGAUCGACAUUAUUCCCCGAGUGCUGAAGCGUUGAAGCAACAUUGUCGGGCCGGAGUAAUUGAUCUGAGUUAGAAAAGUCGAUAAACUGCCUGCCCUUAUCACGGAAACUAUGAGCUAUGGCUUGGAGACAAUUGUUGCUAGAACUGAAAUCGCUCCUAAGUUUGGCCUCUCUGUCAGUCGUCCUCCUCCUCUCCGCAUACUUUUCUCUAUCUGCGUACGAUCGAUAAAUCCAUAGACACGGAGUUCUGGGGAAAUAAAUAAGCAUGCCCCAUCA